AUGAGAGUUUCAGCACUCUGGACAGCGCUGGUCUUGCUUCUGAUUCAAGGCACCGCGAGAGCCUGCACAGUCAAGAAACUGAGCAAUAAUACCGGACGCUUUGCCAAUGCCACCUUGGUACGCCUCUCCGAAUACUUGAGUGCUGGGUACAAGAAGGGUGUGCGACCCGUGCGCAACUGGCGAAAUUGCACAAUGGUGGCCAUCGACCUUAUGGUGUACUCUAUCCUCAGUGUGGAUGAGAAGAACCAGGUUCUGACAACAUAUAUAUGGUACAGGCAGGAAUGGACAGACGAAUUCCUGGUAUGGAACCCAGAGGAUUUUGAUGAUGUGAAUCAAAUGUCCAUACCGACUGCGAACGUGUGGGUGCCUGACAUACUAAUCAACGAGUUUGUGGAUGUGGGGAAGUCUCCGGACAUUCCCUAUGUGUACGUGACCCAUUAUGGACUAGUGCGCAACUACAAGCCUAUCCAGGUGGUGACCGCCUGCACUCUCAACAUCUACAACUUCCCAUUCGACGUCCAGAACUGCAGCCUGACCUUUCAGAGCUGGCUCCAUACCCUUAAUGACAUCGAUCUCAAGCUGAUGAGGAGCGCAGAGGAACUCAAGGUGGACAAGAGUGUCUUCAUGAACCAGGGGGAGUGGGAGCUGCUUCACGUCCUGUCUAAAUACAAGCGCUUCAGUCUGGACAACAUUGACUCCUAUGCAGAGAUGAAGUUCAAUGUGGUGAUCCGACGCAGACCUCUGUUCUACACUGUGAACCUGCUGCUUCCCAGCAUCUUCCUGAUGGUGAUGGACCUGGUGGGCUUCUAUCUCCCUCCGGACAGUGGAGAGAGGGUGUCCUUCAAGAUCACCCUGCUUCUGGGAUAUUCCGUCUUCCUCAUCAUCGUCUCUGACACGCUGCCCGCCACCGCCAUCGGGACGCCGCUCAUAGGUGUAUACUUUGUAGUGUGCAUGGCCCUGUUGGUGAUCAGCCUGACAGAGACAGUGUUGAUAGUGCGACUGGUGCAUAAGCAGGACCUGCAGCCCCACGUACCCCAGUGGCUCAAACACUUGGUGCUGGAGCGGGCCACAGUCCUCCUCUGCAUCCGCAACAAACACAGCCUGUGCUCCAUACUGUCCAGGGACUCUGACCAUCUGGGCCACUACAAAGAGAACAACAUCAGCCCAGCUCGAUGCAAUCACCACCACCACCUUCACCACACCUGCGAGAGUGGCCGUGGUGGCGGGGACAUCAUGGAGCGGGGUCUGGGGGGCCUGUCUGUGGUGCGUGACAACACGCCGCCCGUCAUGGACAACAUCCUGCAGGAAAUCUCAUCUAUCCGCGGCUUCCUGGAGAAGAGGGACGAGUCCCGGGACAUCGCCAAGGAGUGGCUGCAGGUGGGCUACGUGCUGGACGUCCUGCUCUUCAGGGUCUACCUGGUGGCCAUGCUGGCCUACAGCAUCACCCUGGGGACCCUCUGGUCCGUGUGGCAGUACGCCUGAGGGCCUCACAGUGGAGGAGGGCCUGACGGUGAAGGUGGAGGGCUUCACUGUGGAGAAGGGGACAGAGGGCUAAAGCGUGCCUGAUACAAAAGCGUUUUAUUGAGGUCGAUCUAUUUAGUUGAGCCUCAUGGUGGAGGUAAAGUAGGGGGUCGUUUGAGUCUGGGGUAAUUCUCGGGAGUAGAGGAACGAGGGGGAAGAUGAUAGAUUGGAUGUUGGUAUAGUUUACACUCAUUUCCCUUAGCCAGUUGCCCCUUUCUAACACUGUCUAUCUUACUGCUCUGUGUAUUGUUCGGGUCUUGAUUACCUAGGACAGGCCUAAAGAGCUGUUGAAAAAGUUCAGAUAUUGUAUCCUUUGUCAGCAUACAGGUGUAUUUAUAUUUGUUUAUUUGGAUCCCCAUUAGCUUUUGCAGACACAGCUACUCUUCCCGGAGUCCAGAAAAAACAACACAUGACAAGUGACAAAACACUGAUAGACAAGGACAGUCACACACAUUUAAAAUACAACGAAAUACUCACAGUACAACUACAAAAUAAAGUAUGCUACUUGAUAAUGGCACAAUAUUUCAUGCAUUAUUCACUUUUUUUCAAAAUCAUCUACUAAUGUGUACCAACAGCUGUAUUGAUGUGAAGGAAACCAUAUCUUUAGAAUAGUCGACAUGGUACCAUGCACAUAAAAUGAAUAAAUAUGCCAUACCUUAGAUUUUGUAUGUCCAAUAAUGUUUAAUAUAGUUGGGGAGCAAUGAGCUCCCCUGCAUAUUUCAUGUUUUUUUUUUAAUAUCUCUUCAAGCCUUAUGGAGGAGAGGUUUUGCUAUUUGCUUGCAUUUGCUUUAAAAUGGCAUAGU